AUGGAAACGAAAUUGGACGCUGUGACAUUGCGCGCCUGGGAACAAGAAGGUAAUGUAGAAUCGCGAACAUUGAAUAAUUUUGUUGAUUAUUUGCAGAAACGUUGUCUAAUGCUCGAGCGUCUAGAAGCGAGAGCGAAAGAAGGAAGUAGUCAUGUUGUUGAUGGGUCUGACAAGCAGCGAGCAAAAAAUCGAAGCCCAAAAUCAAGCCAAGGCGACAAAUCCACGUCGUUGGCAAUAUCGUCCGAAAAUGGAAAGUGUUUUCUAUGCGAUGGAGAACACUUCAUCUAUUAUUGCAAAGAUUUCAUCGCCAUGUCAGUCGAUGAUCGUAUCAAAGAGGUUCGUCGAUUGAAACUGUGUUUCAAUUGUUUGCGCAAUGACCACUACGUCAAGUCAUGCAAAAUGGGAUCUUGUCAUGAGUGUUCAGGCAGACCCAACACGUUGUGCCACCUGCCAACCAAGUCGAAGGAGGACAGCAAGGAAGCUGAGCCAAUCAGUACUCAUAGCCAGAGUGCCUGCCAGAUAGCAGUACAUUUGUCGGCGAACGCGCCAGUGAAACGUCGCGUAAUAGUGGCGACAGCUAGAAUGCAUGCGAUUCAUCCAAAUGGUUCUAGUGUCCCGUGUCGUGUAUUGAUAACGAAAGACUUGCCAUCUGUUGAAAUACCUCGCGAAGCGUUGCAAGUUCCGUCGAAUUUAAAGUUAGCAGAUCGCGAAUUUGAUAAACCCGGUACUGUUGAUAUCUUGCUAGGAGCCGAAUACUUUUACGAAUUGUUAGAAACGGGAAAAAUAGAGCUUGGCGCUGAUCGCCCGGUCGUACAGAACACGAAGCUUGGGUGGAUCGUUGCCGGACCUCUUGCAUUAUCAGCGAAUUCGGUUGCCACAGUCACUAAUAAGGUCGCGUCACUUUGCUUUGAACAAGGCGGUCCAGAAACGGCCACAAUCCGGUCCGAAACUGAGCGACGAUGCGAGGAAUUAUUCUAUAAAACUACUAAGCGCGAUGAUAGCGGUCGAUUCAUAGUCCGUCUGCCGAUUGUCGAAGGCACGAAACCGUUAGGCGAGUCAAGAGAUAUCGCCGAGAAGCGAUUGAAGCAAAUGGAACGUAGAUUCAGGAGUAACGUUUCAUUACACGAACAGUAUGCAAAUUUCAUGCGCGAAUACGAAGAGCUAGGUCAUAUGUCGCGAGUUGUCGAUGAAGAACGUUAA